UGCACUUACUCUGUUACACAGGCAAACACGCACGAAAAUGAACAUCUGUGAAGAUGAGUCACACAGUACUGUCUGGACUGAAAAUCUUGCUGGAGUGUUUGGCCAGAGCAGCUUUCCUGGCACAGCCAGACGACGUCCUGACAUUUCUCUCCAGACAUGCGGAAGAAAUGGUUAAUUCCGGGCAUGAGGCAUAUUGCCACGAGGAGCAGUGGGAGAAAAACUUUUUUCUGGAGGAGAGCAAGAGGACUUCAACAGCUCAGACACUGGCCCACUUGCGCCCAGCGUGUCCACAAAAUGCUCUGCGUCCCGCACUGUAUCCCCGAGAGGAGAGACCGAGGACACGUCGAGCCUUUUCAGGCGGGUUCCCCAUUCAACAGAAGAGUGAGGAUCUGAAAGCUGAAGAGAUAGCUGCCCUUGAUUUACCAACACCAGUACCACCACCACGACCACCACGUCGAGAAGACGUUCAGUCAGGUCCGUCACCAGUCAGGACUCCCAGUCAAACAAGGACAAAAUCGACGUCAUCGUCUGCUUGGCCACUAGUGGCACCUCUCCCACAGAAACAGAAAGCUCCUUCAAAGUUAAAGAGGCCUUGCAGCAGGACAAUUACCUGUCGUUUGUCUGAUUGUCCUCAUCAUAAAGCGAAAGAGAGGUCUGAGGUUCUUAAAGUAGAGGAGCCAGUCGCAAUCCGAACCAGGCCCGCACGUAAAGUAGACAUGGCGCUGCAGUACAGACCAAAGGGCGGGUAUGUCAUGGAUCCAGAACUGAUGGCGAAGAGGACAACUAAGAGCAAUUUGCUUCCUUACAGGCAGAGGAUCGCUGUCUGUAAGGGAAACGUUGUGCCAGCGGACACAAAGAGCAAAGAUGUCAACACUUGCCUCACGCCUGGACACAGGCAUAUGUGUGUAAAGCAGGGCAACAUCCCCCCAGAGCCAAGUUUGAGUCCCAGCGAUGAGCAAACCCUACGAUUGCCUCCUAUUUGAAAGGCAACCAUGGGAUAAGGUUGGCGUUGUUCGAGUCACGCAUAUUUAUCAUGAAGGUAGAGAAGUGUUCUGUGAAGGUCUUAUUUAAGUGUUUAAAUAUAAUUUCUUGGGGAAAGGCUUGUAAUGAAAACAGUAUUGUAUAUGAAACAAUACAUUACACAAGCCUGUCGGGGAAAAACAAACACUAACGUUUUUUUUAAGCUUGAUCCAAAUUCCGUCUGUUAUAUUUUCUUAAGAUUGUUUACAGAUAUUCUUUUAGUAGUCUGGAGUUUUUGUUGCAGAGUGACAAAUGGUAGAAAUACGAGGUUUGAGACUUGUCGCUCUCUGUCGCCAAGUGUCAGCAAUUAUUAUCAUCAUCAUCCUGUUAUUUAUCAUCAGCAUUACACUUAUUAUUGUAAUAAUAAUAACAAUAACAACAACAACAACAACAACAUCAUUUCAUCAUAUAUCGGUAUUAUCAUUGUCAUUAUAAGAAUCAGUCUGACAGAGCUUAGAGCAACAGUUAUACAACGGUUCUCUCUCUUCUCUCCCCCUCGUUCCACCCACCUCUCCUCUGUCCCCCAACCGGUCGCGGCAGAUGUUCUGACCACAGCUGAGUCCGGUCCUGCUAGAAAUGUCUUCCUGUUAAAAGGGAGGUUUUUUGUCUCUUGCACAGUCACCAAGUGCUUGAUCAUUGUGGGAACUGUUGGGUUUCUCUGUAAUAUUGUGAGCCCUCGACCUUACUGUGUAAAGUGCCUUGAGAUAAUGUAUGCUUGGUGCUGUACAAAUAAAAUUGAAAUUGAAUUGAUAAGUCUUCCAACACAUGAACGUAUUACUCAAACUCUAUUUCCCGGAUUUCAUUUCUUGUCUCACCAUCACCCGAAGCGACAAGCCACUUCUAACACAGCCCCUGCCUCCAGACGUCUCCCAUAAAUCAAUUAUAAUGCACAAGUAAAUAUUGUUGCAUAUGACAUACAUUACAUUAUGUCAGGUUGUGAGCCCUCACUGAAGUGAACUCAACUCAAUUUUAUUCAUAUAGUAACUUUCAUAUAUACAUGUAGCCCAUGUCUGUUAUAUUGUG